AAUAUACUACCCUUGAUUAUAUAGACAAAGAUGCUACCCAGAUGCUACCCUUGUUUAUAUAAGGAUCAAGUAGUAUCCUUGAUAAGGAUACUACUUCCCCCUUCAUUCAUCCACAUCACUUCAAUUUUAUUGCAGUACUUAUGUGCAGUACAGUUUAUAACCACCAGAAGGCGUAUUUUAAAUAGGUUAUGCUAGGAACUUUAAGGUUAUGUAUCCUGUCAUUUUGACAAGAGAAAAAUACAAAAAUAGCAAAUGGCUUGUUUAUGGUCGAAUUCAAAUGAAGUUUUAAUUCAAAUACCAUUAACAGAGGAGAUAGACAAUGUAACAUUUUACCAAAUCAGUGUUAAAGUGGGAGAAAUUAAAUGGAACGUCAAGCACCGGUACAGCGAAUUUUACAAUUUACACAACCAACUUAUAACUGAUCAUGGAGUAUCUAAAGAUAUCCUUCCAUCUAAAAAAGUUAUUGGCAACAAAUCCGAGCCUUUUAUCGAGAACAGGCGUAAAGCUUUAGAGAAGUAUGUCCAAAAAAUAUUCAUUUUUUUGAGACAAACCAUGCCAAAAAUAUUUGUUGAUUUCUUAGACUUCCACUUGUAUGAUAUAUACUUUUUGUUACAAGAUUUGUCUCUUUUAUGUUUUACAAAAGGAGACUUAAUUUUAUCAUCUAGUAGAGUUUAUAGCUUUAAACCUAUAGAGCUCUAUGCUAUCAAUGAAUUCUUGAAAAGUCCCGCUCCAAACUUCACUAAUUCCAGUAAACAACUGGAUUUAGGACCAAUUUUAGAUUUGUGUUCCCAAUUAGAUGCUUUUAUUAUACAUGGAUGCUACAAUGAUUAUCUUAAAAGUAACAUAAUAUUGAAUAAACUCCCAAUUGACUUGAGCCCUUUUAAGAUUCAAAAAGGUCUCUAUUUAUCAAAUGUCUCAUUAGAUAUGGUAACUUCUCUAGGGAAUGCUAGAGAGACAGUAACCACCUUAGAAGUUGUAUUUUCAAAUGUUAAAAGGAUAUCAGAUAUUUUACAAUGUGAUAUUUUACAUAAAAACACUUUAGAAGAGAGUCAGAAAUGGAAGGUUUUAGAAACACUAGAUUUGAGCAACAAUAAUUUAAUGGACAUUGAUGAAAGUAUAAAUUUGGCUAAAAAUCUAAAGCACCUCAUUUUGGAUAACAAUUAUAUAUCCACUGUAUCUGACUUGACUCAGUUACCAAAUCUUGAAAAUUUGAGUAUAGAAAAUAACUUGAUUACAGUCUGUAAUGACUUGCAUAGAAAGAUAGGGAAUAUAAAGACACUGAAUCUGUCUCUCAACAACAUAGUUACAGGUAAAGGUUUUUACAAAUUGUAUUCUUUAGAGACUCUGAACCUCAGCAGCAAUAAAAUUACCAAUAUUGAAGAACUGGAAUGUCUUGGAAGGCUUCCAUGUCUGGAGUACUUAGUUUUGAAUGGAAAUAAUGUAUCAAGCAGUAUUGAUUAUAGAGUAAAGGUAUUGGAAUUUUUUGGAGAGAGAGCUGCAGAUAUCUAUUUAGAUAAUGAAAAACCCUCAGAAGCUGAGCUGGACAAAGUCUCAAUUUUAAGUGCUUUGAGGAUUGUUAAAGAAGGAAAAACACCUGACUUAUCAAUGAAUGGAUCUAGCUAAUACACACAUGGAAACCUUAGUUUUUAUCAUUUUUAAUUCCAUAAAAUAUUUAAUUUUCAUGAAUUUUAACAAAACGACUGAUGCUCUUACAUUUUUAUAAUUCUAAAGCAUUUUAAAUAAUCCUCUUUAAUAAUGUAAUGCUAUUUUUCUGUAAUCAUACAGAGAAAAUACAAUAUUACUUGUAGAUUUUUUAAUAGUAGUGGAUAGUUCAGCUAUUUUUCUAUAUUAUACUUCCCAAAUGUUUCUCUGUACCUAUUGUAUGUAUGCAUACAUUUAUCUGUCCCUGUGAUACUGUUGAGAUCGAACACGUAAAAAGAUAUUUUAAAAUUGUUAGUUAUUUGUGCUGUAUUAUUUAUAUUAUAUUUACAUUAAUUUAUGCUGUUAAUUUUAUUUUUUAUUGUUGAUUAGUCAAGUAGAAGGAUUUAACUAUGAUUUUAUUCUAAUGUAUUGUAUUUGUUGUCUAAAUAUAAAAUGUAUUA